ACCAUCAAAUUGUUCUAAAUUUCUGGUUUACUUUCUUGUUUCCAACCUUCCAAGUAAAAACGAAAGACAGAAUGACCAUGCUUAGUGCUAAGAAACUCAUCAAGAUGGCCAGGAGAUGGCAGAAGUUUGCGGCCAAGCAGAGGAAGAGGAUUUCACUUCCAAGAAAUGUUAGUGAUGCGGAUAGCUGCAGUGUGUCAUCCUCUGUAGUUGAAAAAGGCCAUUUUGUAGUUUAUACAAUUGAUCAAAGGCGAUUCGUGAUUCCCUUGGCUUAUCUUGAAAAUGAGGUCAUUAGGCAACUUUUAAACAUGUCUGAAGAAGAAUUUGGGCUUCCAAGUGGUUGUCCUAUAACAUUACCCUGUGAUUCAGCCUUCAUGGACUACAUCGUUUCACUAAUCAAGAAAGGCGUAGCUGCAGAUUUUCACAAUGCAGUGCUUCUAUCAAUUCCUUCACGUUGCUGUUCAACUUCUUCGUUGCACCAAGAAAGUAGUGCUCAGCAAAUUCUCGUUUAUUGAGUCUAGGUCAACAUUCUUUUUGUACAUGCUAGCUCAAAAGUAGUUUUUAGAGAAGGCGGAGAUUGAAGAGUAUACAAUUGUAAAGCACAUCAU